ACCGGCAGACGGAGCGUCAUAAGUGCUCGCUCUUUGGUUCGAGGAGGUCUGCGUCGACGUCGCUCGUCUGAUUGCCCGAGCAUGCAGAACGCGAAUCGAGCACUGCCAGAUCAGCUACGUGCAUUCAUCAUGCCGAAUGUGCGAGUGGUAAAGGCCGAGUCCUCAUCUUACGACGAAGCCCUGCGCGAGAUACCACAUGAGUCCAGUUAUGCUGCCCAGAGACAUCAAGGUGCAAUUGAAGAGUUACGCCCCUCUGUGGAGGCACCUGCCGCGGACGGAGCCUUGUGCACCAGCCUAGGCAAGCUCAAAGUGAAAGUGGAGCAUCUGCGUGCCGACACAGUUAACCAUGACCAUCGAGCGUGCCUACUAUCCGAUGAGCUCCUGAGCGCCUUGGAACAGCAGGGCGCCUUGGAGAAGGAGUACAUGCUGAAGAAGGAGGAGCUUCGGCGUGUCGUGGAAUACCUACGCAAACUGGCCUACAGAAUGUGCGACAAGUACGACUUUGGAAGUAUGUCAGUGACAACGCUGUUCGAUGCCAUCAGGGUGAUGGUGGACGCAGUAGUGGAGGACCGCAACAAGCUACGUGAGGAAUUGCUGUCGCUGCGCACGGAAAGGAACACCGAGGACGCGGCAAGACUCGAGGCUUGGUCAGCGGAAAGAGACAACAUCAUGGCUCUUAACGAAGAGUUACGAGAAAAGCUAAAGGACCAUGACAACCUCAAGGCUGAAUUCCAAGCGCUCAACGAAGGGCUCGACAACUACAUCGCGUUUGCCGCACACAGCGCCCAACAACUGGCCAAGGCACAGGAGGAGAACAGAGCUUUGAAGAAAUCCUUGGCUUCAGCCUGCACCUACCCGGAGGAUUACCACAUAAAGGCCGCCGUGCUCUGCAACGAGAAAGAUCUCAAGGUUAUGGAACUCGAAGAGAAGCUCAAGGCAACGGAGGAGAAGCUCGCUCGACUACAGCACUUGUCCGGGACACAGUGGCAAACAGCAGUGGCUGUCAGCGUGGAAGCGGCUCCAAGCUCCACUCGGGACUUGCGGCGACCCGUCGCCAGCCUUGCCUCGGGAAGCGAGGAAGACCAACCGCAGCCAAGCACAACCACGAGUCAGACGGACGUGGAGCGUACCCUGGUGAAAUCUGGACCAAAGAGGAAGGCCAAAAAAGUCUGCAAUACCAGAUCGAGCAAGGGAAAAGUCAGCAGUGCACCAUCUUCCAGGAACGUAAGGUCGUGAUGUCUGCGACGCCAUCCGAACCCAAAUACAAGGCUCCCAGGAUCAGGCUGGUCAGAAGAUGUGCAUGCUGCAUAUGAUCUGCGAUGUUGCAACAGACAUAUUUGACAAUUGCAACAUACAUAUUUACGCGUGUGAUUUGCAACAAUUUACACAGCAACAUACAUGACGGAAAAAGGUUUCACUGAAUAGUACGUAUACACUUAAUUUGAAUAUAAAACAAGAAAUCGUACCAAAAAUAUUAA